AUGGCGCUAAGACGCCAACGUACUCGUGCAGACUUCCAGUUUUAUGACUGGAAAACAAGCGUUACAAAUGUGCUGAAAUUACCAGGAUCGUGGCAUUUCAAAUUUAAUGCUUCUAAAAGAUUUUUCCUGAGAAAAGAUAAGAAUAAUAAAAUUGGAAUCAAAGGGGAACCUAAUUAUGUAUCUGAAGCGGUCAACUAUGGGAAUGUUUGUAAAAGAGGAAAGUCUUAUGAAAAUAUUAAACCUACGUUGAUGAAUAUUGGAGUUCCUGUAAAAACAGAAAAAUUAAAUGACGUGAGAAAACUAUUGAUUAAACAUUUCGGAGAAGACUGGAUUACUAUUGAAAAUCUUCAACAUUAUAAGUUUAUACAAGAAGAAGAAAAUAAAAGUAAUUUAAUAGAAACUUACUCUGAAGAAACUCUAAUGGAAGAUGAAAUAGAUAUAACAGUGUAA